CUCCACUGAGUCAUAUUUUAUAAAUUGUUAUCAUGAGUAAACGAGUUAAAGUUUGCCAGCAGCUACUUUACUAUACAUAUUUGUUUACGUUCGCCAACUUUUCGCAGUCUGCUCUGAGACGUACGAACGAAAUGUCUACGCGUUCUACCUUAGUAAUUUUGGUAUUUUACACCUAUAUAUUUGGUUGUAGCACACAAAAUGCAAGGGAAAUCACUAACACAACUAACGUGACCGUAGAAGAGAUACGAACAAAUGAUGGCAAUACAGUAUCAAUUACCACCACCGUGGAAGAAACUCACAUCGGAGAUACGAUUGGUGAAAAAAUUUUGAACAAUAAAUUUAAAAAUACGCUCAGAAAUUACAGAGGUUCUAAAGAACAGACUUCAAGUGGGAGUACGUAUGUGCAGACAGGCAAUUUCGAUCAGGGUAUAUAUAGAAACAAUAGAAGUGUAAAUGAGCGCGUGUCAAUUGGGAGUACACAAACCGAUUUACGUAGUUCAGGUCUAGAGGAAACAUAUACACAUAUGGAUUCAGCUGUACCAAUACUUUCAACGAAAGCAGUUCAUAGAACCAUUGAAGCAGAAACGGGCAGAUGUGUAGCGAAUAGUGACUCAAUACAAACGCUAACGUUACCCAAUUGGCCAUCAUUUAAUGUACGUUGCAUAAAUGAUGCGUGGGGCAAAUGUUCGUGGGCAGUUAUUUUGGAGCGUAAGUCUCAAAGAGAUAAUUUUGAUUUUGCCUGGCAGAAUUAUCGUACAGGUUUCGGUGAUCCAACCAUAGGGAAUGGCUACUUUGUGGGUCUCCAGAACUUGUACGCACUUACACAAUAUCAAAUGCAAGAAUUAUACAUUUCCAAGCGCUUCGAAGGAGAAGACUUAGUUAAGGAGAUCUAUGCGAAUUUCCGUAUUGGCGACGAGAGCGUCGAUUAUGCGGUGUUAAGCUUGAGCGUGGUUACCAACAAUACGAUGAUUAGACACUUACAAAUCGCUUCGAAAUUCAGCACAAAAGAUCGCCAGUUCGAUAAACGGUUAGCUGCAUGCGCGAGGACUUUGGGCAUUGGUUGGUGGUAUUCGGAGAAAUGUUUGCAGUCUACGAUGCUGCGUAGCGUUCGGGCAUAUGUAAAAGCUCCAACCAUUAUUGCAGUGAGACCAAAUAAUUGCGAAAGUAAAGCUUUUUAGAGUGAAAGAAUGUUAGGAAUAGUAUAAAAAAAAUAUUGAUAUGAAUGUUAGAAAAUAAAUAUAUAUCUAUAUGUAUAUCCCAGAA